ACCUCAUUGUCCCUGGGGGACUUUGCCAAACCUUAUAACUCCUAGCAGUAACGGUCAACUCAACAGAAGAGAAGCUCCUCCUCCCUUCCUAGUUCCUCCAUUCCAAUUCCCCAUUCACUCCCUCUGUUCUUCCCUCAGCUUCCCUACCCCCUCCGAGGACCUAACCGUCAUUCCACCCCCCCGAGAGCCACCACUCCGUCAUGACAUCCGUCACAGGCCCCCACCGUAAGAUCGCGAUCGCUGUCGACCUGAGCGACGAGAGCGCCUACGCCGUCAGAUGGGCCGUCGAGAACUACCUCCGUCCCGGAGACCACGUGAUCCUCCUCCACGUGCGACCCACAUGCGUCCUCUAUGGAGCCGACUGGGGCUCCAAACCUAUCCCGAUAGCUCCCCACGGCAGCAAUGUCAACAACACCGACUCUGCCCCUCCCCCCACUGAGGCCUCCCAGCGCAAACUUGAGGACGAUUUCGACAAUUUCACCACCACCAAGGCCACCUCCUUGGCCCAGCCCUUGGUCCAGGCUCAGUUCCCUUUCCGAAUCCACAUUGUCAAAGACCACGACAUGAAGGAGCGGCUUUGCCUGGAGGUCGAGAGGCUUGGGCUCAGCGCCGUCGUCAUGGGGAGCCGAGGCUUCGGCGCCGGAGCAUCGAAGAGAACGAGCAAGCCAGGGAGGCUAGGCAGCGUCAGCGAUUACUGCGUCCACCACUGCGUGUGCCCCGUUGUGGUGGUGCGCUAUCCGGAUGAAAGGGACGGUGGUACUGACGAGGCGAAGAUUGGGGACGAGGUGGAGCUGCACCCUGUGCCGGAGGAGGAGCACGAGUACCACGAUGCCUCGGACGAGCAGAAAGAUGAUUAAUGAGUGUCCAACGCAAUGACAAAGUCCUCCUGAGCUCAGGAAAAAUUGAGAGCUGCAGCGUGGCAAAGAGUUUUAUAGAAUGUGAUGGAGCUUCCUUUUGGUACAUGUACGUAACGCGUGUAAAAAUGGACCUUGGUCGUGUUGUUGGUCGCUAUCAGUAUGUCCUUGUCAAUUGCCUUUCAUCAUUAUGAAAUUCUUGGUGAAUUGAUGGUAUAUAUGUAUGGGGAAUUUAUUUGGAGUCUUACAGCAUCCCAACAGCAUUUUGUGUCUUGUAUAGGAACGAACCGGGUUUAUACUAGUUAAUAACCACUUGCGACCUCAGAAAAACCAGUUCACUGUAUUUUGCUUGUGUGUUUUGACAAAGGUUUUACCUACUGAUUACUUUCCCCUUUACACUAUCCUACUUAGCAUUGAAAUCUUUGUUUUCUGGCUGUAAAGAACGACUGCGUUUCGUGGUGAAUGACCGUUGUAUUGCUUUCA